UGGCACUGGCCCUUUAAGAAAUGACGCAUGCUGGUCAUGUGAUCAGCCUACCAUGUGUCUGUCACUUCCGGGUUUCAGUGUCCACUUUGAGUUAUUCUCUUAGGAUUUCUGUAACAAGAAACAACAAUGAAUGGUGACAACUACGCUGUGAGUGAGAGAUUAGUGUCAGCAUCCUACGUUCGGCAGGCGUCCCAAGCCCGCCGUGGACAUGAGCAGCUCAUCAGGCUACUUUUAGAGCAGGGAAAGUGUCCAGAGGAAGGAUGGAGCGAGAGCACAAUCGAGCUUUUUAUGAACGAACUGGCUGUCAUGGACAGCAACAACUUCCUGGGCAAUUGCGGCGUGGGCGAGAGGGAAGGCCGUGUAGCGUCCAGCCUUGUGGCAAGACGACAUUAUAGGUUGAUCCACGGUAUCGGUCGAUCGGGUGACAUCGCCGCCAUUCAGCCAAAAGCUGCUGGAUCUAGUCUACUUAAUAAGUUGACCAACUUGCUUGUUCUGGACAUUUUAAAGCUCUCGGGCGUAAGGAGCGUGGCGAGCUGCUUUGUGGUCCCCAUGGCAACCGGCAUGAGCCUGACACUUUGUUUCCUGACUCUCCGCCAGCGUAGACCGAAGGCACGCUAUAUCAUCUGGCCGCGCAUUGACCAGAAGUCGUGCUUCAAAGCCAUGAUCACAGCAGGCUUUGAACCCAUCAUAAUCGAGAAUGUGCUCGAGGGUGAUGAGUUGAGGACAGACUUGGAAGCAGUUGAACGCAAAAUUGAGGAGCUGGGAGCCGACAGCAUCCUGUGCGUCCAUUCCACAACGUCCUGCUUUGCACCACGAGUCCCCGACAGGCUGGAGGAGCUUGCCACAAUCUGUGCCAAGUACAACAUCCCUCACAUUGUAAAUAAUGCAUACGGAGUGCAGUCAUCCAAGUGUAUGCACCUGAUACAGCAAGGUGCUAGAGUUGGAAGAAUUGAUGCCUUUGUGCAAAGUUUGGACAAGAACUUCAUGGUUCCAGUAGGUGGGGCCAUAAUUGCGGGUUUUGACGACUCCUUCGUGCAGGAAAUCAGCAAGACGUACCCAGGUCGAGCGUCCGCGUCACCUUCCCUCGACCUACUCAUCACACUCCUCACUCUGGGAGCCAGUGGCUACAAGAAACUACUGUCGGACAGGAAGGAGAUGUAUAAGCUUCUGGCCGAGGAGCUGAAAACGCUGGCCUCGGCACAUGGGGAGCGAUUGCUUGAUACCCCACACAAUCCCAUUUCACUCGCCAUGUCGCUGAACGGGCUCCAGGCCAGCGGCAACCAAACGGUGACUCAACUGGGCUCCAUGUUGUUCACACGCCAAGUUUCAGGAGCCAGGGUCGUGACGCUGGGCAAGGAGCAGACAAUCGGUGGACACACGUUCUGUGGCUUUAUGUCACAUUCAGAUGCCUACCCAUGCCCCUACCUCAACGCCGCCGCUGCCGUGGGCAUCACCCACGAGGACGUGGCUAUGUGCAUCAAGAGACUGGACAAGUGCUUGAGGACACUGCAGAAAGAGGCACAAAGUCGCUCCCCUCUAACGCCGCUGAGUUAGACAUAAAUAUUUGUUAUUUUAAAGGGGAACUGCAAUUUUUUGGGAGCUUUGCCUAUCGUUCCCAAUCAUUAUGAGAGACAAGAACACACGUUUUUUUUUUUUCCAGGAUUUUAAAGAUGAUUAAAAAAAACGCUUGUACGAUGCGGCUAAUGGGAAUCAUCGUUGUCGCCUUCAAAGCCCUCUAAAACAACUUCAGAACCCUCCUGCAAUGUUUUAUAUACACACUGCAAGUCUAUAUAUAAUGUACUAACCGACAUGUUCAUAACAAUAUGUAAUAUGUUCAAUAUUUACUCUAUUUUGAUCAUUUUAGUCAUUUCCGAGACUGAUUUCUUACGCACAUUGAUUUCUGUAUCCAAAGUAGCACACGUCUGACUUCUGGCAACAAAUGUGUGUUCCUACUUCCGGAAUCAAACACGCGUGUGUGUUUUAUUCACGACAGACUUGGUAACAGACAACAUCACAACCUUAUCUUUUUGAAGCUGAAUAUACUGAGGAUGAACUACGCUUAUAAAGCGAGCACGAAGAAACAGUGAGACGUUGGAGCAGAGCGUGAGGUGAAAGCGACGACGCUAUAAAUGUGGAACUUGGAGACAAGCUAUUUCGACAUAAAUGGAUUGCUUACCCAAAAUCAACAGGAAACAUCCCCGGCCAGCUGGACCAGACGAACUGCAUUGCUAGGCACGUAGAACAAGUCGAUUUUUACAUGUUAGGAAGAAAAAAAAACUUGUCGUCUUGUCUCAUGAUGAUUAUGAACGAUCAAAAUUCCCCAAAACUUGCAGUUCUCCUUUAUAUCAGUGUGGAUGUGCUUUAAAUGAGCAAAAUGCAUACAAAAUCAUGGUCUCCACAAUCAUGUUUUUAUUCAGAGCAAGCUUCUUAUUCUUUAAAUGACUCUGCUGAUAAUAUUUUUACUAGUAAUCAUGAUGACAGUAUUUUUAGCAGUGUUGUUGACAAACUAGAGGAAAAAUCUGAACCGCCAUUAAGAAUGUGGCCUGUGACUGAGGGGCCGCUGUUUUGAUUUCUCCAAUCAGUGCAGGCAGUAUCCCUCAUCUUUGUUUUCUCAAAGUUGUACAUAGUGAACAAAGUGUGUAUCUUAUGGAGGUAUCAUGAAAUAAAUUAUAAUGGUCGGAGAACAGAACCUCGUGGAACGUUUUUUUUUUUUUUAAACUACAAACACACUGGUUGUUUUAAUGAACUUUUUUCACAGCAUUGGAACCAAAAGUAAAUAAAACUUUACUUACUUAC